AUGCCAUCUAAAAACAUCACAAUAUCAGUCCUCCCCGCCACGGAGGAAGACUACCUCGCUCUCGCCCAGGUCGAAUCCCAGGCCUUUAGCGAUCCCGAUGACACUUCUUCAGACGUACCAUCCACAAUAGGCGGAGUCAUGUUCGGCCCUCCCAGUGCGGAAGGCCAAGCCGCCCGCGCCAAAGAUCUGGCAAAGCUCGUGCGUACCGUGCCAGGAAUGCGCCUGUUCAAGGCUGUUGCUCAUGACCCCGACGCAGCCUGCGACAAUUACACCAAGACGAUAGGCAUUGGUGGUUGGAUAUAUUACACCGAUCCACACCCUACUGAAGAUCCCUGGGAAGACAAGCCGUGGGAGGGAGCCCGGGACCCGCGGGCUUGUAAUGAUUAUUUCGGUGAAUUUUCAAGGAGGAAAACGAGAAUUAUGGGUGGGAAGAGGUUUGCAUAUUUGCAAGUCCUUGCCAUACUCCCUGACUAUCAGGGCCUUGGCGCCGGCAAAGCACUGCUUCGUCAGGGUCUAGAAGAGGCUGCAAAAUUGGAUUUACAUGAAGCUUAUCUUGAAGCGUCAAUAGCGGGACGGCCAUUGUACAGGAAGUUUGGAUGGGAAGAUGUCGAUGUCCAGGUGGUAGAUUUGAGCAAAUACGGGGCAAAGGGAACAGUGACAAACUUUUGCAUGUAUAGAAAGCAGCAAGGUACUGAGAUAUAUAAUUAG